AUGUUUAGCAUCCCCUUAACCUGGGGAGACAGUGGAGAAGAUCACCCAGGCGAGAGCAAUCCCCAGUCAGAUGUGCACAUGUGAAUGUCUAAGCCUGAGGUUGUCCUCCGUUGCCUCACUAAAGGUUCAAAGGAGACUUAAAAGAUUUGCAUCAUUCUGAAAGCCCAACAAGAAGAAAGUACAUUGAAAAAGCUAUUUUGUGACAGUAAAAAAAUAGCACAUGCCUCAGAGGGACUGGAUUGGGAAGACAAAGAUGCUGCAGACACACUGGUCGAUAACGAGGUCCACUCAAGGAUCAUCAAUCCUUUACGCCUGUUUGUUAAACAGUCUCCAGUGUCAAAGCCCGGUCAGAUGUCAUAUGCAGACAGCAUAGAAAACUUUUGGGAUUGGUUGUCCAACAUCACGGAAGUGCAGGAGCCAUUGGCAAGAACUAAGCGUAGGCCAAUAGUAAAAACAGGGAAAUUUAAGAAAAUGUUUGGAUGGGGGGAUUUCCAUUCCAACAUCAAGACUGUGAAACUCAACCUUCUCAUCACGGGGAAAAUUGUCGACCACGGCAAUGGAACCUUUAGUGUUUAUUUCCGACAUAACUCCACGGGUCUGGGUAAUGUCUCAGUGAGCCUGGUACCACCAUCCAAAGUGGUAGAAUUCGAAGUCUCCCCUCAGUCCACACUAGAGACCAAGGAGUCCAAAUCUUUCAAUUGCCGCAUUGAAUAUGAAAAAACAGAUCGGGCGAAGAAGACUGCAUUGUGCAACUUUGACCCUUCGAAGAUCUGCUACCAGGAGCAGACUCAGAGUCAUGUCUCUUGGUUGUGCUCCAAACCUUUUAAGGUUAUUUGCAUUUACAUUGCCUUUUACAGUGUUGAUUACAAACUUGUGCAAAAGGUUUGUCCUGACUACAAUUACCAUAGUGAGACUCCAUAUUUAUCCUCUGGCUGA